AUGCUGCUCUACAGUGCGAUAACGACGAGCCUGCCCGGCGCUGAGAAGCAGGCCGGGCAUAGAAGCUCCGAGCCGACCUCGGCACGCGCCCGGGAGCUGACCUACACGCACCCGCUGGGCCUGGAUUCAUGGCGCAAGCUGGGGCAGGGCGUGGUGGACUUCGUGGCCGACUACUACAGGUACCUGCACCGCACCGACACGCCCGUCAUGAGCGCCGCCCAGCCCGGCUUCCUGCGCGCGGUGCUGCCGACUGCCCCGCCCGAGCGUGGAGAGCGACUGGAGGCGGUGCUGCAUGAUGUGAGGACACACAUCAUCCCAGGCCUCUCCCACUGGCAGUCCCCCCGCUUCUUUGCCUACUUCCCCAUGAACACCAGGCAUGUCGUCGCUUCCAUGCUGGCCGACAUUCUUGUGAGCGGCUUUGGCGUGCUGGCCUUCCAGUGGCUCUCCAGCCCAGCAUGCACCGAGCUGGAGCAGAUCUCUCUGGAGUGGCUGGCUCAGCUGCUGGACCUGCCGCCCUGCUUCCGCGCCGCCGCCCCCGCCGCCGCCGCCGUGCUGCCCGGCUCCGCCAGCGAGGCGGUGCUUGUGGCGCUGGUGGCGGCCAGGGCCCGUGCCCUGGAGGGUCGCCCGCCCGAGGAUGCCACGAGGCUGGUGGCGUACGCCACAGACCAGACUCACAGCUGCCUGGCCAAGGCGUGCCUGGUGACGGGCGUGCGCCACGUGCGCGUGCUGUCCACCCACGCCGCACGGCAGUUUGCCAUGGAGGCGGCGGCGCUGGAGGAGGCGGUGCGGCGCGACGCGGCGGCGGGCCUGCUGCCCUGCUUUGUGUGCGCCACCGUGGGCACCACCAGCUCCUGCGCUGUCGACCCCGUGGGCGAGGUGGCGCAGGUGGCGGCGCGCCACGGCCUGUGGCUGAACGUGGACGCCGCGUGGGCGGGCGCCUUUGCUGUACUGCCCGACCAGCGGGAGUUGUACUUCGGGGGCCUGGAGGGCGCCGACUCUCUGGACCUCAACCCGCACAAGGGCCUGCUCACAGGCUGGGAGUGCUCCGCCCUGUAUGUGAAGGAUGCGCGGUGGGUGAAGAAGGCGCUGACACCAGGAGUGCCAGAGGCGUACCUCCAGGACAAGUGCGGUGGUACCGCCACAAGUCGUGGUACCGACGGAAGCUGUGCUGCUGACAGCGGCGGCGGCGGCGGCGGCAGCGGCCUUGCCGCCGGGCCAGCAGAGGGCAGGGAGGAGCAGCAGGAGGAGGGCAAGGAGGACGCCGCUGCGGGCCCCGGCGCCGGCUCGAGCGAUGGCACCAGCGGAAGCGGCAGCGGCAGCACCGCUGCGGCUGCAGGCGGCCCGGCCCGGCUGCCGGCGGUACCGGUAGAUUUCAAGGACCUGGACGUGCCCCUGGGCCACGGCCGCUUCCGCGGCCUGCGCCUCUGGUUUGUGCUCCGCCUGUACGGGGCCGAGGGCCUGCGCCGCCUGAUGCGCCACCGCCUGCUGCUCCAAGACUUCCUGGCUGACAUGGUUCUGGAGGACCCUCGCUUCGAGCUGGUGCUGGGCGCGCCGCCGCGCUUCGGCCUCGUCUGCUUCCGCCUGCGUGGCAGCGAUGCCGCCAACGCCGCGCUGCUGGAUUCGGUCAACGCCUCGGGCGCCGCCUUCAUGUCCCACACCACCCUGGCUGGUCGCUACGUAGUUCGCUGCGCCAUCGGCGGCACGUGGACGCAGGGGCGGCACGUGGAGGCGGCGUGGCGCGCGGUGCAGCGCUGCGCCACCGGCGUGCUGCAGGAGGCGGCGGGCGUGGCGGAUGGCUGA